AGGUUGGAAAGAUUGGAGAGAGAAAAGGAAAGAGACAGAAUAAGAGAAACAAGGGAGCGUAAAGAAUUAGAAAGACGAAAACGAAGAGAGGAGGAGGAACGAGAAAAAGCAAGAGCAGAGGCUCUAUACAGACGUGAAAGGGAGAAGGGUAAAAAAGCAUUAAAACAGUCAAGGGUACGGAGUCGAAGUCGAGAACGCCAAUUUACCAGUGAUCCACACAGAGACAAAAAAUCUCGUCAUCGUAUGAAGUCACCAGAGCCAGAGCGGUCAAGGCCCCGUGGGCCACACACACCUGAGGAGGAAUAUCCACAUGAGGUGGAGGAUAUGGAUGAGGAUGAAGAGGAGGAAGAGGACCAUGUCACAUCCUCCCACGAGGGGCUUGCUGAAGGCAGUGACGCCCACAGUGGCGACUCGGACGUAUCUGUCGAGGAGGAGGACAGCGAAUCUGAUUCUGAUUCAGGAAGUGGCAGUAACUCCAACAUUGGUAGCGAGGACAGCCACCAAAAACACAGUGACAUGGAAGACGACUCCCAUCAUCAGGAUCCCAUGAAAGAUAAUUUAAGGUCAAUAUUUGAUGAUGAUGAGGAAGAUGAAGAGUCGGACCCUGAGAGCGCUGCAUCCUCCGCGCACGUGUCGGAACAGCACCAGGAUGAACGAAUGUACCUACAAGACACGCCCCCGCAGUCUCCCGUGGAGCUGGCACCGGACCUCCCGCCAUACCUCCCCGCAAUCCAGGGCUGUCGUAAUGUUGAAGAGUUCCACUGUCUUAAUCGCAUCGAAGAAGGAACUUAUGGUGUUGUGUAUAGGGCAAGGGACAAAAAGACAGAUGAAAUUGUGGCAUUGAAGCGACUUAAGAUGGAAAAAGAAAAAGAGGGUUUCCCUAUCACUAGUCUGCGAGAGAUCAACACUCUCCUAAAGGCUCAACACAUGAAUAUUGUUACUGUCAGGGAGAUUGUAGUUGGCAGCAAUAUUGACAAAAUAUACUUAGUCAUGGACUAUGUAGAGCAUGAUCUGAAAAGUCUGAUGGAGACAAUGAAACAGCCAUUCCUUGUUGGUGAGGUAAAGACUCUGUUGAAGCAGCUCCUUUGUGGGGUUGAUCAUCUCCAUGACAACUGGAUCAUUCAUCGGGAUCUCAAGACAUCUAAUCUUCUUCUCAGUCACAAAGGCAAGUUAAAGAUAUUGAGACAUAAUUUCACAGACUAGUUUGUUUUCUAAGAUUAUCUCCCUUUAUACCUAAUGAGCUGGUAACCAGGUAACCACCAAUAGUUGAGACUGAUUUGAUGAAUUGUGCAUAAAUGGGUCGUAAAACAAUCACUAAAA